UCAGGCGACGUGAAGGCUCCCAGGCAGAGGCAGGGGUCCUGAUUAGUGAGUCGUGGCCACUUUCGGCAGCUUGCUUUCGGGCGGUCCGGAUCGGGUCGUCACUCGUACACCGUGUGAGGGAGCCGGGCUCCGACAGACAGCGACGUUAUCAUGCCUGGACCAGCGGCAAGUGCAACAAAUGUUGGUGCCUCCAGCCGAUCACCUAGUAAAGCAGUGGCUCCCCGGGCUGCUGGUGGUGGAUCCACAGUGAGGCAGAGGAAAGCUGCCAAUAGUGCAGUGAGCCGAGCUGGUCGAACUACCUCUACGGGUACAGGGGGAAUGUGGCGAUUCUAUACAGAGGAUUCUCCUGGGCUUAAAGUUGGGCCUGUUCCAGUGCUUGUUAUGAGCCUACUGUUCAUCGCUUCAGUAUUUAUGCUGCACAUCUGGGGCAAGUACACUCGCUCAUAGACCAGACCUCGGCAACUUUCUCCAGUGUCAACUUAAUGUAUUCAUUCAUCCUGGACCAAAUACCUAUUUUUAUGAGAACUGAUUUUUGACACAUUACAUCCUGCUUAUGUAAAUUAAAGUGAAGAUCUUCUAAAGACUGCAUGUGGCACCUCUUCUUUUACUUAUUUCAGUAAGAAGUGUUUGAUUUCUGAAGUCUUUGAAAGUGUCUUUUUGAACUUUGUUUUACAUUUUUGUAAAACAGCUCACUGGUAUUCUCCAUUAAAGAAACAAGUCUUA